UUGAUGUCAUCCAGCUCCAGCGAAUCAAUUUGUGCUGUUUCCUCGACGAGAUAUAUUCUGUUGUCACUCUGUUCUAAUCCUGUAUAGUUAUCGCCGUUCUUCAACAUUUCUUCAUCUUGGGAUGUUCGUUUCCAGUAGUUUUACUUUUUCUACAGAAGUUUAUUCCCGAUCAGGUAUGCCAGUAUUAGGUCUUUGAAGUAGGGUAUCCUCGACAUCCAGUUAGCAGAUAAUGGAGACCGUGUCUGGCAGUGCGGAAACAAUGAUAAUCUUGAUAAUUAUGCUGUCAACAUUUGCCUUGGUUGGUUCCAUUGGGAAUGGAUUAUCAACGUUUGUGUUUUAUAAGAUACGUGACAAGACGUCUGCGCAGAUUUUUAUAUUAACCCUUUCAGUGAUCGAUUUGUUUACGUGCACCGUCAUCAUCCCGUUUACGAUUGUCAUGGAAUAUCUAAAUUACACCAUCAAAUAUGACGCCAUUUGUAAACUGUAUCAAUUUCUUAUCACGUCCAAAGUUCCCUUAUCUGCCUUCAUGAUGGUGGCAAUAGCGUUUGACAGAUACUUUUGCAUUUGUCAUUCUUUAAGAAGAAUUGUUAAUCCUUUUAGAACAAAAAUUGCAGUGGCUUGUAUGGUCAUUUUUGCAUGUGUCCUUGGAAUUAUAACAAGUUUAAACUAUGGUGUGUAUUGGAAAGGCGAUGGUCAAUCGGCGUCUUCACAAAUGGGUAAUUCGUCUUAUCAAUACUCGGAAUUAAUGGAAAUGCUGCAUGUCAAUGGUGGCGAGUAUGCACAAUUUCUUGAAUUUAUCCAAAGUCAAAAUGCUACUAAUAUCUCCUUACCAAUUGACCCGGAACAGAAAGACGCCAAAAUAAUAUAUACGGGUGAAUGCCAAGUAAAUAAAAUUAUUCUACAUAAAAGUUUUGUGCCAGUGUACCAGAAGAUUUAUUCCUUUCUGUUUGUGGUGUGCUUAAUAAUUGGGUGUGUCUUAUACGCCCUUAUUUACCGUUUUAUAAAAACAAGAAGAUCAAAGAAGCUCAAACAAAAACUCAUUCUGUGCACGUAUACACAUGGCAACCAAGGGAAAGACGCCACAAAAAGUGUUGUCAUUCCGGAUGACGAAAAGCUCAAAAAUAAAGAGAGUCAUCAUUUGUUGAUUCAGGAAGAUACACCGAAACCUAUUAAUGAUAUUCAUUGUAAGGAACCCCAUCGUUUUUCGGAAAAAGCCGAGAAAUUACGCGAUGAAGCAAGGGCAGCUAAUAUAAAAACAGCCUUCAUGUUAUUUAUUGUCAGUGUGGUGUAUAUUUUGGCUUUUUCUCCUGCCUGGUUAAUGGCACAUCACUUAAUUCCUACAUAUAAAGUGAUAUUUUACUUAUACUUUAUCUAUAAUGUGGCUAACCCUUUUAUUUAUGCCUUUAUGAAUCAAACAUUCAAUGAACACCUUAAACAAAUAUUCAGAUGUUGUAAAAGAUAAAGUGUGCUUUAAUCUUAGUCUUCUGAAAACAGAAAUAAACUAAACAAUCUCUGCGACAAUGCCUUUAUAAUCUUAUAGUUGAGUGCUUUUUGUUAGGUUGGUACAUGUGAGUUUCAAGGAAUAGAUGAUGUAUUAAAUAUAAUCUUGACUUUUUGUUGUGAUUCUUCAGGGCACACUUUCGAGAACUGAAAUCAUACCCAGAUUUCCAACUGGACUUUCAUUCUGCAGAUUGAUGACAAAUUGGGCCCCAACGGAGUCAACUCACUGACUGUUCUGAAUUUAACUGGAGGGACGAGCGAAUCCCCAUUUGAAUAGAACAUACCCCCAGUGUAAAAUAACGCUAUCAUCACAAAGUGCAAAUUCGAUAUUCUUAUUGAUUACUGUAGUGAGGUUGUAGCUGAUGAAAUUGGAUGUUAUAUUUGGGUCCAAAUAUGCGCAGCAAAUCAAAAUUGACACCCCGAAUGUAAGGUAAUUACUGAGUUCGGAAUUGUCAUGUUCUUCAACAUUUUAUACUGAUGAUUUCACCCACAAAAUGAUAAUAACAUGGAUAUAUUAUUAUCAUCGACUACUCCAUAAAUUUUUGACUAAAAUAAAUCUUUUUAUAAUGUUAUUGAUAAAGGAGUAAUUAAAUAAGUGUUUUUAAGGUUCAAGAUGCAUUAUGUAAGAGCUAAAUCUGACUAUUGCAUGUCAUUAUUUUGGCUUCAAAUGUUAUAUAAAUUAUCAUUUAGACAUUUAUCCACAUGGCAACCCUAUAAUCAACUCUCUAGAUCUUCGAUUGGCGGAGAUUUAAACGAAAUGAAAUACGGUCGCCAUUUAAUGAUUUAAUCAAUAAAUCGUAAAUCGAGGCUGAGUUUCGAUUACCGAGUACCGUUGCUACGAUAAUAAACAAUCUAUGCCACAUCUUGUCAAGACUUCAAACAGUGAUAAUUUCGCUCAGAAUAAAGUAAUUUGAAUGAAAUUGCAAUAUAUUCAUUUUGUAUUAUCUAUUUUAGAAACAGGAAUGGCCAUCUCUUUAUCUAAAUCUUACUCAAUGCAUCUUGAUAUCUUGAUGUCUUGGCCACGUUCACCUGUGAAUGCCCUUCGUUGGAAAUGCGGAUUAAAAACAUAAAACUGUCAUUAAAUUAAUGUGAUAUUGACAGCUUAGUCGAUUGUUUUAUAUGGUUCACUUCCGAAUAAAUCAAUCAUGUGGCAAAUAUCAAUUCCAUCAGAGCUCGAUUAUAUAUCAUGAUUUUCGAUACACAGGGGUCUAAGUUUAAUAGAAAUGAGAAAACAACUACAGCCGCUAUUUGUCAUGAUCCAACUAGGAUAUCGGUAAUCAAAGGGGUUUUUUUUGGCUGUUAUAUUGAAAAUUCUUCAAAUACGCUAAACAACGAUAAUGUCUUCAGUGCUACAUACAUUUGCAAGUCAAAUAAGAACUGGAUUGUCAUAUUCCUUCUUUGGAGUCACCCAGUUUGUUGAUACACCGAAAAAAUAAAUCUUAUUAUUAGUAAUGUUCACUAAACACAAACUAUGGAAUUUCGGAACUAACAUACCAAAAAUCCGCUAGCAGUGGGAGGGAACCGGAAAUCCGACAUAAAACGAGGAUUGACAGGCGACCCUACUCAUUUUCACAUACACGCCUUCCAACACUUCCAGCUAUUGUGGAACAAUGCCUGAAAUUGUAUAUAAUGUAUUUAUAUAUUAUUGUUAUUUAA